AUGAACGUAAACCAAAGAGCAUUAAUCGCUUACAGAAAUGGCCUCAGAGCCACCAAAAUUGCAUUCAAUAAUGAUACAAGGAUGUUGAUCUCUGCUAGAGAAAGGAUGCGUGAAGGAAUGAUUAAUCCUAAUCAGAAAUUAACAAAAGUACAACAAAUUGAGUUGCUUGAAGGAGUAUCUGAAUUUUUAAGGAAAAAUAUUGUUCAAGGUAAGAAAACGGGUGUUGAUAAAGAUGGGAAAGACGUUUAUCAUCUAAACAUUCAUAGUGAAAUAGAGUUAGGAGAUAAUGACUCUGUUAAAAAAGCAGAAAAUACUUUAAAAGCUUCAGGAAGUGGCUGUUGCGGUGGUAGUGGUCGUUGA